AUAACUCUGGGCAGUGCCAAAAUCGUGGUUUUCUUUCAAGUCACUCCCAACCAAAACGCGAUCCGUUGGAUCACGCCGUACUCACGUGCGCAAAAAGACCUAACACGUCAGCGAUCCGAGCCGAAGCAGCCCAACGCAUCUGAGCCGUUAACUUUCAAUUCAAUGGCCAUUUGCUACUCCCCAUCCUUCCAAACCCCGACUCCCUCGCGAUCCCAAAUUCUAAUACCCAAAUCCCGCCGUUUCCCUCCCCCGGCCAAAUCCCUAAUUCCCCCUGUAUAAAUAUCGGCCCCUCCCUUCCUGCCUCUAUCGUCUCAAAUUCUUCCCUUCCUCCUCCAUUUUUGCGCUUUUGAUUCUUCUCUUACCUCUUCGCUGGGUCGAUCGUUGCGAUGUCUGGCCGCGGCAAGGGAGGCAAGGGGCUUGGCAAGGGCGGCGCGAAGCGCCACCGCAAGGUCCUCCGCGACAACAUCCAGGGCAUCACUAAGCCGGCGAUCCGGCGUCUCGCCCGCCGUGGCGGCGUGAAGCGUAUCUCCGGCCUCAUCUACGAGGAGACCCGCGGUGUCCUCAAAAUUUUCCUCGAGAACGUCAUACGCGACGCCGUCACCUACACCGAGCACGCCCGCCGCAAGACCGUCACCGCCAUGGACGUCGUCUACGCCCUCAAGCGCCAGGGCCGCACCCUGUACGGCUUCGGAGGCUAAGCUCGUCUCAUGCCGAUGCCGCUUGUUCUAAGGGUCUCUUUCGGCUCGUUCUGACCGAACAUCUAAUUGGGAUGUGAAAACUGUGAGCUUUUGGAUUCGGUAAUUGGAACUUUCAACUUUGUGAGCUUUCUGUCCACCGCUUACUUUUAGAGUGAUUAAGGAAUAGAGGAAUCGAUGCCUUGUGAGUUUCUUCUUAUA